AACGCCGAGCGGCGCUUCCGCGAGUGUGGCGCUACGGGAUGGCUACGCUGCUACUGCAGCUGGUGUGGUUCGGCGUGGCGCUGGCGGUGGCCGCGCUCAUUCUGGUUUCCAUUGUUGCGUUUAUAACUGCUACAAAGAUACCACCGUGUUACCAACACGAGGAAGAGAAAUUCUUCCUCAAUGCCAAAGGCAGGAAGGAACCUUUACCCAGCGUCUGGGACUCACCUACGAUACAGCUGUCUGUUGUAGUGCCUUCCUACAAUGAGGAAAAACGGUUACCUGUGAUGAUGGAUGAAGCCCUGAACUACUUAGAGAAGAGACAGAAACAUGACCCCACGUUCACCUAUGAGGUGAUAGUAGUUGAUGAUGGCAGUGAAGACCAGACUUCAAAGGUCGCUUUGAAAUACUGCCAGAAAUAUGGAAGUGACAAAGUACGAGUGAUAACACUGGUGCAGAACCGAGGGAAAGGUGGUGCUGUUAGGAUGGGUGUCCUUAGCUCUCGAGGAGAGAAGAUCCUCAUGGCAGAUGCUGAUGGCGCCACGAAGUUUCCAGAUGUUGAGAAAUUAGAAAAGGGGUUGAGUGAUCUACAGCCAUGGCCUGAACAAAUGGCCAUCGCUUGUGGUUCUCGAGCUCAUCUGGAGAAAGAAUCAAUUGCUCAGCGUUCUUACUUCCGUACUUUUCUUAUGUACGGCUUCCAUUUCCUGGUGUGGUUCCUUUGUGUCAAAGGAAUCAGGGACACGCAGUGCGGAUUCAAAUUGCUGACCCGAGAAGCAGCAGCCCGGGCCUUCUCAUCUCUGCACAUUGAACGAUGGGCAUUUGACGUAGAACUGCUGUACAUUGCACAGUUUCUUCAAAUCCCAAUAGCAGAAGUUGCUGUCAACUGGACAGAAAUUGAGGGUUCUAAGUUAGUUCCAUUUUGGAGCUGGCUGCAAAUGGGCAAAGACCUGCUUUUUAUCCGACUUCGGUAUCUAACAGGUGCGUGGAGGCUUGAGCGGACAAGGAAAAUGAGUUAGCUUUCCGGCAGAACUGGACUGCAUUUUUACCUGCAGUGUCGU